AUGUCUACAAAGCUUAGGAACCUACUAUUUGCCAUUUCGAUCUUUUUGUGCUCCUCUAUACGGAUAGGUAACCUACAAAUUGCCAAGAGCCCGACUGCAGAAGUGUUUCAGGAAUCAUAACGAACCAUCAGUUGGAGCAUUCUGUCCGGACCGCAGUGAGUAUUAUCGUUCCGCGGAUAAAUGAGCAAAUCGUGAAGACUAGAGGAGUGUGCUUCAUCACUCACACAUCCUUCGUUAUUUUGCAAAACUCUCACGACAAUCUGAACCAGAGGAGUGAGGUUUUACUUCGAAAAUAUGUGCGAAUCCCGUUUUGUUUCAGUAUGCAGCUUGGCCAAGUCUGAAGUAACCGUGAUCAUUGGUGUUGUCGACCGAGAGAGCGGAUCGAUUAUCGAAGAACAAUGCGCCGAGUUGAACAUACUGUUCAUCCACUACUACUGGACGCCUGGCUACAAAAAGUAAGGACUGAAGGCGAAAAUUGUGGAAAACAAGUGAAAACUUUGACAGAAAGCCGCAAACAUCACUGAACUUGUACCCAUCGAUGGAGUACUCUCAACUCAUGGAGCGACUGAUCAAUUUGUGGCGAUGGGACACUUUUGUCUAUAUUUAUUCGAAUUAUGACGGCGUGUUUCGUAUUUUUGUGAUAGUGAACAGUCAUAAUUUCAGCACCAAAACAGCUUAUAGAAACGCUAUCUCACCUCGAGAAGAGUCCCGCACUUCUGAGAGCUCACACAUUGGACGACAGCAUGAUGGCGACCGCUCUUGCCCUACGAGAUACUUGUGAUCGGAACCGUUGCUGGCCCAAGAAGAACCGAGUGCUUAUAGAGCUAAGUCCAAACGAGACGCUCACUUUCUUCGACGCCUCACUGAAGCUGGGGAUGAUAAGUGUUCACAAUUGGUUCCUGAUCACAGCUCUGGAUGACCUCAAGGAUCAUCUGUCUCAGUACACUCACAAUGGAAUGAGAGUGUCCCUUCUGACUGUUUCGAAAGAGAAGUGGAAUCAAAACGACUUGGCAAUCAAUCUGCCUGACAUGUAUCAGGAGUAUCUGGCUCACAUCCCCACAAACCCUCGGACACCUUUUGUAACCCUGUCCACUUGAGUAACUUGAACUUGAAUAUUCUCCAUUUUCAGAAAGAUUUCGCGUUCAUCUUCGAUUCUAUUCUUCUUGCGUGUCACUCAGGUGACCGGAGAAUCAGGACAUGCGAGGACAAUGAAUCUGUGCUCGACUACAAACUCCCAAUAGUAAAGGUGGCUGAAGCUCAGAGCAAACUAGAGCACUGAAAAAAAAACGAUUUCAGCCGUUCAAAGGACUAACUGGAACUGUUUCAUUCAAUGGGACAAACGAACGAAGCGACAGUGAGCUGCACAUCUGGGAAAUGGGAAUCACUGGAGCGGGACUCCAUGUAAGCUAUAUCUUUUUGGGCGCGUUACUUAUUUCAAUGCUUUUAUUGUAGACUGGAACCUGGCGGUCGACCUGGGAAGGAUCGAAGGAACUCACGAUGAUGGCCAAGAAUAUACCCGGAACGCACGAGCACUACCAAGCAUCCGUUCGAGAAUCGAGGACUUUGAAAGUCACGUCAAUCCAUGAGCGUCCGUACGUUAUCGAAAAAAUCAUGCCGGAUGGACGCGUCAAACACGAGGGAUUUUGCGUGGACUUGCUUGACAAACUGGCAGAGAUGCUGCAUUUCAACUACACUCUCAAAAUUGUCAAGGACAACAAAUAUGGAGAACGGAAGAACGGAACUGACGAAUGGGACGGAAUGAUCGGGGAAAUUUUGAGAGGAGAUGCUGACAUGGCAGUUGCCCCGAUAACUGUCACUGCUACCCGACUGGAAGUCAUCGACUUCACCGAUCCGUUCCUUCAACUUGGGAUUUCGAUGUUGAUGCGUCAGCCGAAUCCGAAAGCCUCUUCGUCUCUGACCAGAUUCCUGUGGCCACUUUCUGCCAGGUUCGUUAAAAAACCCUCAAAUUUCAAAAUAAUCCGAUAUAUUUUUAGUGUUUGGACCUUCUCCGCAAUUGCAACUGUUUUGACCGCUCUGCUAGUGACUGUCGCAGCAGUUUUAUCACCAAAAGAGUCGACGACAGAGUUCAAGGUGCAAAACUCGGUGUGGUAUCUUGUUUGUAUUCUUUUGCGCGCUGGAUCUGGGUACAAUUGUCAAGCAGGAGCUACACGGUGAGCGAGAAUGGCUGGACAGACUGUUAAGCAUGUCUUCAGGUUGAUAUCAGCAGUAUGGUGGACGUUCACUCUGGUUCUAAUUGCUCAAUACACAGCGAACUUUGCCGCUUUGCUGACAGUAGACAGGAAGUCAAUGCCGUUCAAUGUAAGGAUAAUAUUUUCUUCAAAUUACACAGUUAUUGCUUACAGAGCUUUGAAGAACUUGGAAACCAGACAGAAUACAAUUUCGGAGCAAUAUUGGGCGGAUCAACAAUGCAGUUCUUCAAAUAUUCGAGAAUUGAGACAUUCCGUCGACUCUGGGAACACAUGCAAAGUGCGGAACCUUCCGCUUUCGUGAAGACCAAUCAUGAAGGCGUCAAAAGAGUUCUAAAUGAGAAGUUUGUGUAAUUCGAUAUCCGAAAGUUUAUCAGUUUCUUUUUAGAUACGUUUUCCUAAUGGAAUCGGCCACAUUGGACUAUCAAGUGACUCAAAAUUGCAAUUUGACAAGAGUCGGAAAUGUCGUUCUCGGAUCUAAUGGGUACAGUAUCGCUCUGCCCAAAGGAUCCAAAUGGCGAGAAAAGUUAACCAGACAGAUUCUGGACCUCAACGAGAAGGGAAUCAUUUUGAUGCUGAAGAAUAAUUGGUGGAAGAAAUCGCAACAGUGAGUUGGAGUGCUUCAGUUUUCGUUCAAAUUCAGUGUUUCAGAGAGUGCCAAUCGAGUGAACCAGAAGAUUUGCAAACUGCUCUUGGCGCUGAAAAUGUGUACGGUCUUUUUCUGCUCCUUGCUUUGGGAAGCGGGAUUGGCGUGUUGUGCGCAGUGCUCGAGCACACCCACUUUAUAUUUUUCGAAAAAAACAAACGGAAUGGCCAGACUCCGAAGCUACAACAGAUGAUUGAAACAAUUCACGCUGAAAUUCGCAAUUCCCCUAAAAUUUGA